AUGGAGAUCAUCCCAGUAGCAUUGCCUGAUCAACUGAAACCCAUCAACAUCAUUCGAACACGAACCUGCUUUAUCCUAGACAAACGCCUAGACGAAAAUAUCCUCAAGGAUGCUCUCAACGAGCUAAUCCGGACUCAUGGAGGAAACAAGCGACUGGAGUACCACCUCCCGGAAACCUUUGAGGAGCAAUACGUCCUCUUUAGUUGGAGCUCGAAGGAAGAUGAAAAGUCCUUCUGGGACAUUGCCUCCUCGCUGGAUGUGCACGAUUGCAAAGGAGUCACCUUUCUACCCCCGGUCGAUGCCAUUGAAGACGCCUUUAUACCAUCCACCUGGCCUACAAGCCGGAAAGACGAGCCGCCCGAUGCUCCUUUACUCUACGUCCAUCUUACAUUUGCUACCGACGCGACGGUUAUCGCUACGAGCUUGCCACACACGGUGGCCGAUCAAUAUGGACUUGGGAACGUCAUGAAGGCCUGGCUUGGUUUAGUCGAGGGGGAAAUUCCGCCGCCAAUGGUUGGGCAUAGCGAUGAUGCGCUCCCCAAGUCCAAACCAUAUAAUGCAUUCCCCAAGAACGUGGUCUUCAGGAAGGGGAGAAUGAGGGUCCGACGAAGAAUGGAGCAUUUCUUUGUGAUUCUGGGACUUAUCCCAGACAUUGUCAAAUACAAGGAGGAGCCCGCCCACAUUGUCUUUUUCCCGCGGCGACUUAUCCGGUCGCUGCAGGAACGGCAUCAACAUGUGUUGAGGGACACCUAUGGACCUGAUACUACCAUUAGUGAGGGGGACAUACUCACCGCUAUUAUCACCAAGUUUUCGCGCAUGUAUGAUAGGAAACCGCGAACAAUAGCACUCUUCCAAUCCAUCAACUUGCGAGGCCGACACCCCGAUCUUCCCAUCGGCGAAAGCGACGGUUUCAUCCACAACAGCCUGCACUACGCAACCGCGCGCUUCCGAAUCAACGCAUCCACCCCCGUCAGCGAGAUCGCGUACUGGAACCGACAAGCCAUCAUCCAGGCCCUGAGGGAAGAGGACAUCGACAUCGGCAUGUCCGUGACUCGAGAAAUGGUACGCCGCGGACAACCAAUCCAUAUCUGCGAACCCUUUGAGAGGUUCUACUCCAUAUCAAACUGGUGCGGUGCGUGGAAAGGGCUGGACUUUCGCGGCGCUGUUGCUGUUGAAGAGCACGGGCAGGAGGAGCGCACCUUGCUCGAUGUCGAUAUGCUUGUUGUAGGACAGGGCAAUAAGCGCGGCGCGCCGCGGAGAUUCCGCACAAGCAUCAUGUGUAAGACCAGCGAGGGCUUCUACUGCGACUUUUCGGCUCCCCUAAGGGCAUUGAGCUGA